CUUGAUUCGCAGCGUUGCAUGAAAAGAAAGAUCCGAUGGCCCCGGCACUAGCGAGCAGUCAAAAAGGAUCAGCAAAGCCCAUGUGGGAAGGAAAUGAUGCCAAGAAACCAAGAUUGCGAUCUGUGUGGGGUUUUUGGAAGAUUCUCUUCGCAUUCCAAUCUCGAAAUGUCAAUGGACACGGCUACGCGGCCGUGGGUCUACAGUGCGACGCACCGUGUUUUUCUGCUCUGGGCGGGAAUAAUAAUCCACGAUAACAAAGAGGAAGGGGAAAAAAAACCUGAGACUCAGCUGCCAAGAGGCUCAGCUGCCAAGAAUAGACUUUCGGACUCGACUCCUGCAACCAACCGACGAGUUGUCAGUUAGGCCAAGGCGGAGCCAAUAUUGAAUUUCUAGACCACAACACCGUUAUCGUGUAGCUCUGUUCUGGUGAAUGCGGACUAUCAGGUAUGAUACAUCGCUUCUGUUGAGUAGCGCUUAGUGUAUGUAUGUAUGCUUGUAUGGAAUAACCAUAAAUGUAAG